GUGUCACUCGGUCUGGUAGCGGCAGCCGUUGCGAGAGGAGUGCUGCGACGUCAAAAAAGCUCCAGUUUCCGAGGAUGAAACAAAGCCGUCCUAUUUUAAAGACGGUGUCCGGCAUUUCUUAAGUUUUUAAAUAACACCUGCGGCUGAGCCAAUUCCGCCAUGUUUGUGUUGUGAAAUAUUCGCCGUGUCAUAAUUAGUCUCGGUUGUUAUUGUUGUUGUUGUUGACAAAGCUAACGUCAGACAAGUUAAGCUCCUCGGCUAACCCCAUUUCUUAUCUCCGGGACUAUAAGACUCCAGCAUGCCAAAGGAGGCAGACCAGUCAGAGGGUAGAGGAGACAAGGAUGCAAAGGACGAGGGCACGCAGGAGGCAUCUGAGGAGACAGGGAGGAAGCGGAUCCGCGCAAACACUCCGAGCCCUCACAGAGGAAACACUCCACAAGCCAGCCCACCCAGGUUUGUGUCCGUGGAGGAGAUGAUGGAAACGGCUAAAGGCGUCACCAACAUGGCUUUGGCUCAUGAGAUAAUGGUCAACCAGGCUUUUCAAGUCAAACCUACGGAGCUCCCCGAAGGAAGCUUGGAGCGCAGAGUGAAGGAGAUUAUGCACAAAGCCUUUUGGGAUUGUUUGGAGGCUCAAAUGAUGGAGGAUCCGCCGUCGUACGGGCAUGCCAUCAAACUUCUGGCGGAGAUCAAAGAGACGCUGCUGUCGUUCCUGCUGCCAGGACACGGUCGCGUGCGCUCCCGCAUCGAAGAGGAGCUGGACCUGCCUCUGAUCCAGCAACAGGCUGAAAAUGGAGCUCUUGACAUCGGUCGACUGUCCCAGUCCAUCAUCGGCAUGAUGGGCUCACUGUGCGCCCCCUGCAGAGACGACGACAUCAACAAGCUGAAGGAGAUCACCGAUAUUGUGCCUCUGCUCAAGGCCAUAUUCUCUGUGCUGGACUUGAUGAAGGUGGACAUGGCUAACUUUGCCGUCAGCAGUAUCAGACCUCAUCUGAUGCAGCAGUCUGUCGAGUACGAGAGAAACAAGUUCCAGGAGUUUCUGGAGAAACAGCCGAAUGCCUUAGACUACACUGAGAAAUGGCUUGAGGACACAGUGAAAUGCCUGAGAGAAGCAGAGACAGCCGGUUGUAGCGCUGCCUCAUCCGACUCCCUCCUCCAUCUCAACGUCCAUAAUCAUGCCUAUCUUCGCCUGCUGAAGUGGGACCAUGCCUCCGACCCCUUCCCAGAGACGGUGUUAAUGGAUCAGGUCCGUUUCCAGGAGAUGCAGCAGGAGGCCGAGCGAUUAGUCCUGCUUUCCGCUGUGCUCCUCAUCGUCUACACCACAACGGGGGAGGCCAUUUCAGGUCUGCCGGGACUGAUGGAGACCCUUAAAAACACUGUUAACGUCAUGCUUGCAGACAUGCACGCGCCCUCUUUCAGCAUGCAGGAGGCCUUAGCGACCAUCGGUGAGAAACUCUGUGUUGAGCUGAGUCAGUGUCUGAGCCAGCACGGCUACUCUCCGUUCUUACCUGAUCGAAAGAACACGCUGAAGGGGCAAAUCUCAGCCAUCAUGCAGCCUGACAACACAGUCCGCAAGCUGAUGGAGCAAAGGGUGCAGACCUAUCUCCUGGCCUCCCUGGAUUCCAGUCAACACAAGGCCCUUCACCCUCUCCCAGGAGGUCUGGCUCCCGUCAGCAGGGAGCUAAAAGAGCUCGCCGUCCACUUCAGUCGCAUCGUCAACUUCAACAAGCUGGUCUUCUCCCCGUUCUAUCAAAAGAUCCUCCAGAAAAUACUCACGUCAGUGGAGAGUCCCAGCGCAGAGACAUAAGCACUACAAUAUGGAGUACGGGUAACGUGCAGAAUGUUAUGUAGUUUUAAAGUUUCACCUCACUAGUAACUGGAGGUGUAACGGUACACACAUUAGUCCCAAACUGUUUGGUACGCUCAAUUUGGUAUAAUAUUUCCUUAUGUAACUCCUCCUGGAAGAAAUUUCUAGACCACGCAAAACGUUUUGGCCGUCGUUGCUUGCCGGUAUUAGCAUUGAAAGCUAAUUGUAUUUCCCUCCCUGUGAUGAGAAUAAUUACUUAAACACUUCCUGUUUCAACUUAAAAGCCCUGUAGCAAUUCAAGCUUUAACUUCUUUUAUUGUGAAACAUUUCUUCAAACUAUUAACAUUGACUGAAAUAGGACAACAACACUUAAAAUGAGUAAAUAUGUCUUCACAUCAUCACAAGUUCACAUUCCCGUCCAGUUUUGUCAAGCUAAGCUAAGUUGACACAUAACAAGCGUUCAAACGUGUGAGCCUCGCAACAGCAAAUAAAGAUACUUCCCAAAAUGUUAAACAUUUUACAAUCAUAACAUGCCAUAUCUCUGAGGGUUGGCUGAAAAUAAAAGAUACAUUUUUACAGAUUUAGCUGCUGAAAAAGGUAUUGAAUCCAGAAGAACAAAGUGCUGAAAGUAACAGUAUUAUAUUGUUAAACUGAGGUUAUUUAAGAAGUUUAAAGGCACAUCAUAUGAGUUUAUUCAUCCAUUUUUGAAGCUGUAAAUUAAUUACCAGUUUGUAUUUGAGAAAAUAAAUGUUCUUGUGCUUAUGUUCCUAACCUUCCUAAUAGACAUUUGUUAUUAUUUUUUUUUAUCUUAACGGCUCAACUUCUUUUGUUAUUGAUGGUAUUUCAAGGUUUGAGUGCCUUAAGUGUUCCAGUGAGAUUUAAUGACAAACAAAGCAUGUUUACGUAUUUUCAUUUUUUGAAAAUGAAUGAGGCGUUGGGAAACAGGUAGCAUUUUUGUACUUCUACCAAAAAAUAGGACUCCAAAAACCAAGGACACUGGACAUUUUGUGUGUAUCGUUACACCCCUACUAGAAACAGUUAAGAGAAAAUGAGUUGAGCUAGCUAACCACUGAGUUAACCGGAGCCUGCACCUUAAAAUAUAAAAGCUACCACCACACCUGCGUUGAUUUGGUGUUUAUUUACCAAAUGUCUGAUCUCAUAAUUGUAACGGUUCCAUCGUCUCAUAUUUGCAGUAUUUAUUAGCACAGCUGGUUGUCAUUGCAGAUAGUUUGACACCCAAGUGAAAACAAGACAGUAGUUACUGUGGCAACACGUACCUUUUAAAGUAUAAACACAUACACAUUUCUAGAAAACAUUUCUCAAACAAACUAAUUUAAGUAUCACAGUCUGUAUUUGCCAAGUGUCUUUGAGUAGUUCCUGAACAAGGACAGGACCAGGCUAGCUGUUUCAUCCUUCCUCGUCCAAUUAUGCUAAGCUAAGCUAAUAAACUCCUUGCUGAGGCUUUUGCUUCCCAAAAAUGCCAAACCAUUUAUAACCAUUACAAGCUGUUGCUUAACCUACUGAAUUUCAAAGUAAAGAUUUGGGGAGAUUUAGCUGCUUAAAACGAGUGUGCACAUGUUUUGUAGCCACGGUUUGCGAACAAAAGAAGGUUUUUAAAAUACUCUUUAAAGAAUGUGAAAUCAAGGCCUAGUAUUCCCAAACAGAUUUCUUUAUGUUUUCAAAUUUGGUACUACUGACAAAGUAUAAUUGGGACGUUAAGCAGUCUUUCCAGUCCAAUCAUGAUGUGCUAAGCUAAACUGAACCAAGCUAAGCUAACACCAAACACCUUGCUAUAGCUUCAGAAUUUGCAUAGAGACGUUAAAGUCAAUACUUGUGUUUCCUAAAACACUUACUGGAUUUUAAAAUAAAAGGCCAGUUUUUGUAGAUUUUGCUGUUUAAAAAACUGGAGUGUAGACUUUUAGUAACCACACUAUGUGAACAAAAGAAUGUUCUUGAGUGAUAUUUCACAGAGUAUUGAAUGAAAUAAAAGGAAUGUACUGUACUGAAGGGAAACCAGACUGUUGUACUGUUAUGGACCAACUUGAACUGUUGCUGUUUUGAUUGUUACUUAGUUUUUACAUGAUGUUCGCUUAUUAAUUAAUAGCUUAUUGAUUUGUUUAAGGGAUGUUUAGAAUAUUUCAGUUUUACUUGGGUCCUAAUAUUGUUUUUGCAUAUUUCACAAAGUCAUUGAGCCACAGAACUGGUUGUGACAUUUUUUCACUCAUUCAGACAGAAUGACGUCACAUAUUUCCCCCCCCCAAAAGUAAAUUACACACUGAUCACACUAAUUACACUGAUAUUUGUCUCUGAAUGUUCAUGAUACAUGCCAAUAAAGUGUUGUUUCCCACA